UGUUUCUCCGCGUAUGAAGAAGGCAAUGCAUAUUAAGUGACUGCCUGUAUACAGUGACAGUCUAUACAGAGAGGGACCUUGACGCGACUUUGUGGGUACGCUCUCCUGUCCUUUUAUCCUUGGAAAAAAGAGAACCUACUUAUCUAUAUGAGACUUACAUAUUUUUUUUUUCUUGAGCUUUUGGUGAUACCCGAUAAGCUUAUUCAUAGGAGAGACAGAAGCUUUGGGAGCGCGAGGGGAGUUAUGAAACAGGUUUAUUUGACGGGUGUGUAAAGCUGAGGUAGAAAAACCCCCGUGGGGCCCCAGAGGUAGGCGAUUUCCAUAUGACAUAGUUGAUACAUAUCAAUCAAACAGCGAAACGGACUGGAUACUAGUACAUGUCAGAAGAUUUUCUGCUUUUACUUGUGAUGUUUUAAGGCAAAAAAAUCAUAUUAUGUAUGGAUGAAUUACCAAUUGUGUACAUGUAACAAGAUACAAUAUUGUGACUACUGGAAUUAAAGUUCUGUGUUUUUUUAAUAACGCAAAAUACUGGAAUGUUAUUUAUAGGAUAAGGAAACUGUCAUGGAUCGUGGAUAUAUAGCAAAACGAGUGGAGGACAAAAUACCCCUCCCCACCCCUGUUCCCCACCAUAAGAGGAAUAAGUUUCGAGAGACGACCCGCUUUUACCAGUUUGCGUUAUUUCUGAUUCCCCUGGGGACGCUAUUUAUCGCUAUAGGCGUCCUGAUCCCCCACUGGCUUGCCGUGCAGGUCGUUAACUUUGUUACCCUGAAGGAGGACUACAAUAUAGGACUGUGGGAGAAAUGUGACACACUCAAGGAAAAAUGUGAGAAACGGCUCGAUACUUCCCUCAAAGACUUUGAGUUCACUGUGAGGGCCUUUGCUGUGUCGGGUCUGGUUGUGUCGGUCGUAGCCUCUGUACUGAUAGUCCUGUGUGUGUUCGUCCCCAGGGUCGCAGAGAGAACUUUGUUCCAUGUACUCACUUCCGCAUCCUGCUACCUUGGAGCGUUCCUGUCUCUGUGCAGCAUCACCAUAUACGCCGCGGAACACAAGAUAAAUAGGGCGUAUAUGUUGUCCUAUUCCUUUUACCUCAUUCUUUUUGGCGCGUUUUUUGGGAUACUUUCCUCCGCCAUUUUGAUAAACGUUUAUGUGUACAGGAAAUGGAAAUACGAGAAAAGGAUGUUGAGAAUUUCUCGUCGAGAUGUCCAUGUCCCGGGACAACAGAACACACGAGUGGCCAGUGAUUACGGCGAUGAUCAGGACGACGUGCCGAGCGAGAAGCGACGAUAUAGCGACGACGAUCGUUCCAGGUACAGCGACGAGAUGUCCAAACAGAGCGACAACUUCUCCGCCAAACAAAGCGAGAUUUGAAACGGGAACUUCAUGUUUAGAAUACAGAUUAAGCCAAGGGAUAGCAACAUAUACACUUGAUUUAGUAUGUGAAAUCCCGAAAUAACUGCCUGAAGUCCAAAGAAACAGGGAUAUUCAUAGUGUAUACCCUUGUGUGACCAUUAAUUCAAUGCCAGCAGCAUGUUGCCCAUAUUUUGUAGAAUUAUUCAGUAUUAUAUACGGGAGCUAUAGGAAAGAUCGUGUAAAAAAUGCCACGAUUCUGUACGUGCAUGUGUAGACACAGAUUAUACGGAUGCGAUGUGUUUUAAGUUACACUGUGCUGUACCCAGACGAAAUGAGCUUGUAAUGAUUUUCAUGAUGUCUCAUGUAUUUAUUCUUUGUAUACUAGUAUGUUACACAGACAAUCCAAAUUGGCUUGUCGCUGUAUUUGACAAUUUCCUAAUACGUCCAUACCUUUAGACAAUAUCUUUUUCUGAAUGCAAAGUUUUUUAUUGUUGCUGAUAGCCGUUGAAAAUCAACUCUUGGAUGGGUUAAGUGAUGUUAAAUUCAAUACUUCUAUGUUAAGGGCUUCCGGGCUGUAUGGCUUAUAGAUGGAGAAACAAAAAAAUUCCAUAAAAUUUCAAGUGAAUCUGAAAGAUGAUAUUACUGAAAUGACGCUGGAUACCAAAGGCGGAUCCAGGGCCGACGCGCCGGGUGUGCCCCCCGCCCCCGUUUGAAAUUUAAUAUUUUGUAUGUAAAAUUUAUAUGUCCAUUAUCCUAAAAUCAAGGAAAAAACAUCUCUUAUUUGUAAGAAAGUGUCAGCUUGAAGCCCCCGGACUCCCCCAAAAGGACCUUGCCUUAGACCCACUGGGGGCUUCAGUACGGCCGCCUUAUCCCUCUGCCUUCUACUGCCCCCCCCCCCCCCGUUACGAAAUACCUGGAUCCGCCACUGGAUACAUCCCGGAGAAUGUGCCCAAACAAGGAAUUAAUCUUACAUACUUAGUUUGUAAAACUGUUUUCGUCAUGUAAAUAUCUCUUUAUGUAUAUACAUAUACAUUAUUAUCUGCAACAGAGUAUAUAUAUUGGGCACUUAUGACAACGAUACGUACUUUUUUCUUUCUUGUAUUAUUAAAAGCAUUUUUGUUCAUUAAUAAUAUCUAGAAUAGAUCUGAUAUUAGCAAUUUGUAUUUUACAUAUUUUGAUAUUACUACAUUAACUUUUAUUACUCUACUGAAACUGUUGCACACGCUCAACGCAAUUUAAUGAAUUUAUACCAAAAGUGUCAUAUUCAUUGUGUUGUAUAAAAUUAUACUGCCUAUAUAUCAUACAUAUCAAAAUUGUUGUAUUUUAUUUAUAUAUGUUAUAUGUCCAGUAACUAUAAUAUUGGAGAAUAAUAAAACGAGAAAACAUUU